GGUGGCAGCGGCGGCGGCAGCGGCUCCAUCAUUUCCCUCCCUGGCCGGGGGUCGGCGGACGGCGGCGGCAGCGGAGGCGGCGGCGGCGGCGGCUGGGCAGGGCCGGGCGGGGCCGCGGACGCCAGGCCCCCGGUUCCCCGCCAGGCUGCAGGCGCCCGGCCCGGGCCGUCAGGGCAGCUGUGACCCUUGCGCUCUGCGGGCAGCGAGCUGGGGGUGCGCCCGGACCCCCGUCCCCGGGAUCAUGGGGAAUGGCAUGACCAAGGUACUUCCUGGACUCUACCUCGGAAACUUCAUCGAUGCCAAAGACACGGAUCAGCUAGGCCGGAAUAAGAUCACACACAUCAUCUCCAUCCACGAGUCACCCCAGCCUCUGCUGCAGGACAUAACCUACCUUCGCAUCCCAGUGGCUGACACCCCUGAGGUACCCAUCAAAAAGCACUUCAAAGAAUGUAUCAACUUCAUCCACUGUUGCCGCCUCAAUGGGGGAAACUGCCUGGUGCACUGCUUUGCAGGCAUCUCCCGAAGCACCACCAUCGUGACAGCAUAUGUGAUGACUGUGACGGGGCUCGGCUGGCGGGACGUGCUUGAAGCCAUCAAGGCCACUCGGCCCAUCGCCAACCCCAACCCAGGCUUUAGGCAGCAGCUUGAAGAGUUUGGCUGGGGCAAUUCUCGGAAGCUUCGCAGGCAGCUGGAGGAGCGCUUCGGAGAGAGCCCUUUCCGCGACGAGGAGGAGGUGCGCGCGCUGCUGCCGCUGUGCAAGCGCUGCCGGCAGGGCUCUGCGAGCGCGGCCGCUUCCCCGGCGCCCAACUCCUCGGCCUCCGAGGGGACCCUGCAGCGCCUGGUGCCGCGGAUGCCCCGGGAAACCCACCGGCCGCUGCCGCUGCUGGCGCGCGUCAAGCAGACUUUCUCUUGCCUCCCGCGGUGUCUGUCCCGCAAAGGCGGCAAGUGAGGAUCCCGCCCCGCCGUGGGGUCCCUCGUCCUCCCGACUGGCCCCCCUUCGGGGACUGUCUGGGCCUCCCACGGCCAUCAAGACGGGCCCAGAGUCUGUGGGAGCCCUGCGGCGACUUGAUCCCCGCCCUUAACUCCUCUUCCCGCCUUGCUUGUCUGCGUCUGCAGUCCGUGCGUCCUCCAUCUGUGUGUGUGGCUCUGUGUCUGGGCCGGCCUGCUGCAGCCACUUGGUGCCUUAGUCCUUGGGCUGGGGGAGGGUGCCCCCAGGGGCCCUCCCCCAUUAAAGGCUGCGGGAGUGGGAGUGGGUGGGUGGGGUUUGGAUGGGCCUGGAGGAUAUUAAAGAGCCACAGAAG